UCUGGGGGAGCAUGGACCGACUCGGAUUGCACACAACACUGCACCUGUGAAGCUGGGCGUUCCCAGUGUGAUGCUUUUGAGUGCGGAGAGAACGAAGAAUGUGAUAUCAAGAACGGAGUUCCAAGCUGUUACUGCAAAGACGGCUACACCUCCCUUGGAGAUGCCUGCUUUAGAGCUCCUGGGUAUUGUCAGAUCUGGGGUGAUCCUCAUUAUGUUACCUUCGAUAAGAAGAACUACAACUUCCAGGGUGCCUGCGACUACACUUUGGUCAGAGAUUGCGGAAACUCCAGUGACUACCACCUGUGGUCCAACAAUGAACGACGGCGCCCAUCCGACCGUGUUUCUUUCCUGAGGGAAGUGAUACUUGAUCUAAGGGGUUCCCGAUAUUCUUUGAUGAAGGGCUUCCACGUCAGAGUAAAUGGCGUAGAUGUGUCUGACUACCUUCCCUACAUUGAUGACCAGGUCUGGAUCUACCGGGAUGUGACAUCAAUGAAUCUGGUCACAGAUUUCUUGUGGGUGAGCUACGACGGACAAGACAGCGCUGAUGUGUACCUCAGCUACUAUGCAGGAAGAACCUGUGGCCUUUGUGGAUCUUUUGAUGGCGAGAAGGAGAAUGAUAUGCUGCUUCCUUCCGGGGAUUUGGCAAGAUCUGCGACUGAGUUUGGAAACAGUUGGGUCGUUAAUCCUGACCAGUGCGAAGAUGUGGAUCCAGGUCCAACCGAUCCUUGCGAGGAGGUAGAGAACAGACUGACAGCAUCUAAUGAUCUCUGCUAUUACUUGAAGGAUCCUUCAGGACCAUUUGAAUCUUGCAUUGAGAUUUUGAGCCCUGACGACUACUACGACUCCUGCGUCUAUGACGUUUGCUUAACCGGUGAUGAUGCUCUGUGUGCCAGUCUCGCACAGUAUGCCCGUGCCUGCAAGAUGGAGGGAGGGGAUCCUGGCAGAUGGAGACUGGGUGUGGAUGAAUGCCAGCUGGACUGUCCUUCGAACACUGUGUACGAUCCAUGCUUCAGUGGCUGUCCAGCAACAUGUUCCUCUGCUUCCAGCUCAUUGUCCUGCAAUGCCACCUGCCAGGAGACAUGCCGAUGUGAGGAUGGACUGGUGCUCGAUGGCGGGAAGUGCGUUGAUCCAUCGCAGUGUGGUUGCACUCUGGACAACGGUGUUUAUAUUCCGUCUGGGGGAGCAUGGACCGACUCGGAUUGCACACAACACUGCACCUGUGAAGCUGGGCGUUCCCAGUGUGAUGCUUUUGAGUGCGGAGAGAACGAAGAAUGUGAUAUCAAGAACGGAGUUCCAAGCUGUUACUGCAAAGACGGCUACACCUCCCUUGGAGAUGCCUGCUUUAGAGCUCCUGGGUAUUGUCAGAUCUGGGGUGAUCCUCAUUAUGUUACCUUCGAUAAGAAGAACUACAACUUCCAGGGUGCCUGCGACUACACUUUGGUCAGAGAUUGCGGAAACUCCAGUGACUACCACCUGUGGUCCAACAAUGAACGACGGCGCCCAUCCGACCGUGUUUCUUUCCUGAGGGAAGUGAUACUUGAUCUAAGGGGUUCCCGAUAUUCUUUGAUGAAGGGCUUCCACGUCAGAGUAAAUGGCGUAGAUGUGUCUGACUACCUUCCCUACAUUGAUGACCAGGUCUGGAUCUACCGGGAUGUGACAUCAAUGAAUCUGGUCACAGAUUUCUUGUGGGUGAGCUACGACGGACAAGACAGCGCUGAUGUGUACCUCAGCUACUAUGCAGGAAGAACCUGUGGCCUUUGUGGAUCUUUUGAUGGCGAGAAGGAGAAUGAUAUGCUGCUUCCUUCCGGGGAUUUGGCAAGAUCUGCGACUGAGUUUGGAAACAGUUGGGUCGUUAAUCCUGACCAGUGCGAAGAUGUGGAUCCAGGUCCAACCGAUCCUUGCGAGGAGGUAGAGAACAGACUGACAGCAUCUAAUGAUCUCUGCUAUUACUUGAAGGAUCCUUCAGGACCAUUUGAAUCUUGCAUUGAGAUUUUGAGCCCUGACGACUACUACGACUCCUGCGUCUAUGACGUUUGCUUAACCGGUGAUGAUGCUCUGUGUGCCAGUCUCGCACAGUAUGCCCGUGCCUGCAAGAUGGAGGGAGGGGAUCCUGGCAGAUGGAGACUGGGUGUGGAUGAAUGCCAGCUGGACUGUCCUUCGAACACUGUGUACGAUCCAUGCUUCAGUGGCUGUCCAGCAACAUGUUCCUCUGCUUCCAGCUCAUUGUCCUGCAAUGCCACCUGCCAGGAGACAUGCCGAUGUGAGGAUGGACUGGUGCUCGAUGGCGGGAAGUGCGUUGAUCCAUCGCAGUGUGGUUGCACUCUGGACAACGGUGUUUAUAUUCCGUCUGGGGGAGCAUGGACCGACUCGGAUUGCACACAACACUGCACCUGUGAAGCUGGGCGUUCCCAGUGUGAUGCUUUUGAGUGCGGAGAGAACGAAGAAUGUGAUAUCAAGAACGGAGUUCCAAGCUGUUACUGCAAAGACGGCUACACCUCCCUUGGAGAUGCCUGCUUUAGAGCUCCUGGGUAUUGUCAGAUCUGGGGUGAUCCUCAUUAUGUUACCUUCGAUAAGAAGAACUACAACUUCCAGGGUGCCUGCGACUACACUUUGGUCAGAGAUUGCGGAAACUCCAGUGACUACCACCUGUGGUCCAACAAUGAACGACGGCGCCCAUCCGACCGUGUUUCUUUCCUGAGGGAAGUGAUACUUGAUCUAAGGGGUUCCCGAUAUUCUUUGAUGAAGGGCUUCCACGUCAGAGUAAAUGGCGUAGAUGUGUCUGACUACCUUCCCUACAUUGAUGACCAGGUCUGGAUCUACCGGGAUGUGACAUCAAUGAAUCUGGUCACAGAUUUCUUGUGGGUGAGCUACGACGGACAAGACAGCGCUGAUGUGUACCUCAGCUACUAUGCAGGAAGAACCUGUGGCCUUUGUGGAUCUUUUGAUGGCGAGAAGGAGAAUGAUAUGCUGCUUCCUUCCGGGGAUUUGGCAAGAUCUGCGACUGAGUUUGGAAACAGUUGGGUCGUUAAUCCUGACCAGUGCGAAGAUGUGGAUCCAGGUCCAACCGAUCCUUGCGAGGAGGUAGAGAACAGACUGACAGCAUCUAAUGAUCUCUGCUAUUACUUGAAGGAUCCUUCAGGACCAUUUGAAUCUUGCAUUGAGAUUUUGAGCCCUGACGACUACUACGACUCCUGCGUCUAUGACGUUUGCUUAACCGGUGAUGAUGCUCUGUGUGCCAGUCUCGCACAGUAUGCCCGUGCCUGCAAGAUGGAGGGAGGGGAUCCUGGCAGAUGGAGACUGGGUGUGGAUGAAUGCCAGCUGGACUGUCCUUCGAACACUGUGUACGAUCCAUGCUUCAGUGGCUGUCCAGCAACAUGUUCCUCUGCUUCCAGCUCAUUGUCCUGCAAUGCCACCUGCCAGGAGACAUGCCGAUGUGAGGAUGGACUGGUGCUCGAUGGCGGGAAGUGCGUUGAUCCAUCGCAGUGUGGUUGCACUCUGGACAACGGUGUUUAUAUUCCGUCUGGGGGAGCAUGGACCGACUCGGAUUGCACACAACACUGCACCUGUGAAGCUGGGCGUUCCCAGUGUGAUGCUUUUGAGUGCGGAGAGAACGAAGAAUGUGAUAUCAAGAACGGAGUUCCAAGCUGUUACUGCAAAGACGGCUACACCUCCCUUGGAGAUGCCUGCUUUAGAGCUCCUGGGUAUUGUCAGAUCUGGGGUGAUCCUCAUUAUGUUACCUUCGAUAAGAAGAACUACAACUUCCAGGGUGCCUGCGACUACACUUUGGUCAGAGAUUGCGGAAACUCCAGUGACUACCACCUGUGGUCCAACAAUGAACGACGGCGCCCAUCCGACCGUGUUUCUUUCCUGAGGGAAGUGAUACUUGAUCUAAGGGGUUCCCGAUAUUCUUUGAUGAAGGGCUUCCACGUCAGAGUAAAUGGCGUAGAUGUGUCUGACUACCUUCCCUACAUUGAUGACCAGGUCUGGAUCUACCGGGAUGUGACAUCAAUGAAUCUGGUCACAGAUUUCUUGUGGGUGAGCUACGACGGACAAGACAGCGCUGAUGUGUACCUCAGCUACUAUGCAGGAAGAACCUGUGGCCUUUGUGGAUCUUUUGAUGGCGAGAAGGAGAAUGAUAUGCUGCUUCCUUCCGGGGAUUUGGCAAGAUCUGCGACUGAGUUUGGAAACAGUUGGGUCGUUAAUCCUGACCAGUGCGAAGAUGUGGAUCCAGGUCCAACCGAUCCUUGCGAGGAGGUAGAGAACAGACUGACAGCAUCUAAUGAUCUCUGCUAUUACUUGAAGGAUCCUUCAGGACCAUUUGAAUCUUGCAUUGAGAUUUUGAGCCCUGACGACUACUACGACUCCUGCGUCUAUGACGUUUGCUUAACCGGUGAUGAUGCUCUGUGUGCCAGUCUCGCACAGUAUGCCCGUGCCUGCAAGAUGGAGGGAGGGGAUCCUGGCAGAUGGAGACUGGGUGUGGAUGAAUGCCAGCUGGACUGUCCUUCGAACACUGUGUACGAUCCAUGCUUCAGUGGCUGUCCAGCAACAUGUUCCUCUGCUUCCAGCUCAUUGUCCUGCAAUGCCACCUGCCAGGAGACAUGCCGAUGUGAGGAUGGACUGGUGCUCGAUGGCGGGAAGUGCGUUGAUCCAUCGCAGUGUGGUUGCACUCUGGACAACGGUGUUUAUAUUCCGUCUGGGGGAGCAUGGACCGACUCGGAUUGCACACAACACUGCACCUGUGAAGCUGGGCGUUCCCAGUGUGAUGCUUUUGAGUGCGGAGAGAACGAAGAAUGUGAUAUCAAGAACGGAGUUCCAAGCUGUUACUGCAAAGACGGCUACACCUCCCUUGGAGAUGCCUGCUUUAGAGCUCCUGGGUAUUGUCAGAUCUGGGGUGAUCCUCAUUAUGUUACCUUCGAUAAGAAGAACUACAACUUCCAGGGUGCCUGCGACUACACUUUGGUCAGAGAUUGCGGAAACUCCAGUGACUACCACCUGUGGUCCAACAAUGAACGACGGCGCCCAUCCGACCGUGUUUCUUUCCUGAGGGAAGUGAUACUUGAUCUAAGGGGUUCCCGAUAUUCUUUGAUGAAGGGCUUCCACGUCAGAGUAAAUGGCGUAGAUGUGUCUGACUACCUUCCCUACAUUGAUGACCAGGUCUGGAUCUACCGGGAUGUGACAUCAAUGAAUCUGGUCACAGAUUUCUUGUGGGUGAGCUACGACGGACAAGACAGCGCUGAUGUGUACCUCAGCUACUAUGCAGGAAGAACCUGUGGCCUUUGUGGAUCUUUUGAUGGCGAGAAGGAGAAUGAUAUGCUGCUUCCUUCCGGGGAUUUGGCAAGAUCUGCGACUGAGUUUGGAAACAGUUGGGUCGUUAAUCCUGACCAGUGCGAAGAUGUGGAUCCAGGUCCAACCGAUCCUUGCGAGGAGGUAGAGAACAGACUGACAGCAUCUAAUGAUCUCUGCUAUUACUUGAAGGAUCCUUCAGGACCAUUUGAAUCUUGCAUUGAGAUUUUGAGCCCUGACGACUACUACGACUCCUGCGUCUAUGACGUUUGCUUAACCGGUGAUGAUGCUCUGUGUGCCAGUCUCGCACAGUAUGCCCGUGCCUGCAAGAUGGAGGGAGGGGAUCCUGGCAGAUGGAGACUGGGUGUGGAUGAAUGCCAGCUGGACUGUCCUUCGAACACUGUGUACGAUCCAUGCUUCAGUGGCUGUCCAGCAACAUGUUCCUCUGCUUCCAGCUCAUUGUCCUGCAAUGCCACCUGCCAGGAGACAUGCCGAUGUGAGGAUGGACUGGUGCUCGAUGGCGGGAAGUGCGUUGAUCCAUCGCAGUGUGGUUGCACUCUGGACAACGGUGUUUAUAUUCCGUCUGGGGGAGCAUGGACCGACUCGGAUUGCACACAACACUGCACCUGUGAAGCUGGGCGUUCCCAGUGUGAUGCUUUUGAGUGCGGAGAGAACGAAGAAUGUGAUAUCAAGAACGGAGUUCCAAGCUGUUACUGCAAAGACGGCUACACCUCCCUUGGAGAUGCCUGCUUUAGAGCUCCUGGGUAUUGUCAGAUCUGGGGUGAUCCUCAUUAUGUUACCUUCGAUAAGAAGAACUACAACUUCCAGGGUGCCUGCGACUACACUUUGGUCAGAGAUUGCGGAAACUCCAGUGACUACCACCUGUGGUCCAACAAUGAACGACGGCGCCCAUCCGACCGUGUUUCUUUCCUGAGGGAAGUGAUACUUGAUCUAAGGGGUUCCCGAUAUUCUUUGAUGAAGGGCUUCCACGUCAGAGUAAAUGGCGUAGAUGUGUCUGACUACCUUCCCUACAUUGAUGACCAGGUCUGGAUCUACCGGGAUGUGACAUCAAUGAAUCUGGUCACAGAUUUCUUGUGGGUGAGCUACGACGGACAAGACAGCGCUGAUGUGUACCUCAGCUACUAUGCAGGAAGAACCUGUGGCCUUUGUGGAUCUUUUGAUGGCGAGAAGGAGAAUGAUAUGCUGCUUCCUUCCGGGGAUUUGGCAAGAUCUGCGACUGAGUUUGGAAACAGUUGGGUUGUUAAUCCUGACCAGUGCGAAGAUGUGGAUCCAGGUCCAACCGAUCCUUGCGAGGAGGUAGAGAACAGACUGACAGCAUCUAAUGAUCUCUGCUAUUACUUGAAGGAUCCUUCAGGACCAUUUGAAUCUUGCAUUGAGAUUUUGAGCCCUGACGACUACUACGACUCCUGCGUCUAUGACGUUUGCUUAACCGGUGAUGAUGCUCUGUGUGCCAGUCUCGCACAGUAUGCCCGUGCCUGCAAGAUGGAGGGAGGGGAUCCUGGCAGAUGGAGACUGGGUGUGGAUGAAUGCCAGCUGGACUGUCCUUCGAACACUGUGUACGAUCCAUGCUUCAGUGGCUGUCCAGCAACAUGUUCCUCUGCUUCCAGCUCAUUGUCCUGCAAUGCCACCUGCCAGGAGACAUGCCGAUGUGAGGAUGGACUGGUGCUCGAUGGCGGGAAGUGCGUUGAUCCAUCGCAGUGUGGUUGCACUCUGGACAACGGUGUUUAUAUUCCGUCUGGGGGAGCAUGGACCGACUCGGAUUGCACACAACACUGCACCUGUGAAGCUGGGCGUUCCCAGUGUGAUGCUUUUGAGUGCGGAGAGAACGAAGAAUGUGAUAUCAAGAACGGAGUUCCAAGCUGUUACUGCAAAGACGGCUACACCUCCCUUGGAGAUGCCUGCUUUAGAGCUCCUGGGUAUUGUCAGAUCUGGGGUGAUCCUCAUUAUGUUACCUUCGAUAAGAAGAACUACAACUUCCAGGGUGCCUGCGACUACACUUUGGUCAGAGAUUGCGGAAACUCCAGUGACUACCACCUGUGGUCCAACAAUGAACGACGGCGCCCAUCCGACCGUGUUUCUUUCCUGAGGGAAGUGAUACUUGAUCUAAGGGGUUCCCGAUAUUCUUUGAUGAAGGGCUUCCACGUCAGAGUAAAUGGCGUAGAUGUGUCUGACUACCUUCCCUACAUUGAUGACCAGGUCUGGAUCUACCGGGAUGUGACAUCAAUGAAUCUGGUCACAGAUUUCUUGUGGGUGAGCUACGACGGACAAGACAGCGCUGAUGUGUACCUCAGCUACUAUGCAGGAAGAACCUGUGGCCUUUGUGGAUCUUUUGAUGGCGAGAAGGAGAAUGAUAUGCUGCUUCCUUCCGGGGAUUUGGCAAGAUCUGCGACUGAGUUUGGAAACAGUUGGGUUGUUAAUCCUGACCAGUGCGAAGAUGUGGAUCCAGGUCCAACCGAUCCUUGCGAGGAGGUAGAGAACAGACUGACAGCAUCUAAUGAUCUCUGCUAUUACUUGAAGGAUCCUUCAGGACCAUUUGAAUCUUGCAUUGAGAUUUUGAGCCCUGACGACUACUACGACUCCUGCGUCUAUGACGUUUGCUUAACCGGUGAUGAUGCUCUGUGUGCCAGUCUCGCACAGUAUGCCCGUGCCUGCAAGAUGGAGGGAGGGGAUCCUGGCAGAUGGAGACUGGGUGUGGAUGAAUGCCAGCUGGACUGUCCUUCGAACACUGUGUACGAUCCAUGCUUCAUUGGCUGUCCAGCAACAUGUUCCUCUGCUUCCAGCUCAUUGUCCUGCAAUGCCACCUGCCAGGAGACAUGCCGAUGUGAGGAUGGACUGGUGCUCGAUGGCGGGAAGUGCGUUGAUCCAUCGCAGUGUGGUUGCACUCUGGACAACGGUGUUUAUAUUCCGGUAAGCUUGAAAUCCAGUGCUGCAGUAGCUAACAUGCAUCUUUACUCUGUCGAUAUCGCAUCAAACUUUCAGGAUAUGUAA